GCGCGGCACUGAGAGGAGGGACCAGCGCGGGCUGCCAGACUCGGGCAAACCCCGGCCGCUCUGGGUGCUGCGCGCAGCCCAGCCCGGCCCUACCCUGCCCUGCCCGGCGCCGGCGGCGCGAUGUGAGCGCCCGAGGGUCCGAGGUCCCCCUACACGCCAGCUCUGCGCAGCCGGCGCCAGCAUGCGCUAGGAACGUUUUGUGCUGACUGGAGAGGCAAAGGACAGGCACUCAACUCAUCUCUGCAUCUCCAUUGCCCAGCACAGUGCCUGGCACACAGUAGCCCUUCCACAGAGGCCGGGCGCCAGCACAAGAUGGCAGCCAAGCAGCCCCCGCCUCUCAUGAAGAAGCACAGCCAGACGGACCUCGUGAGCCGCCUGAAGACCCGCAAGAUCCUCGGCGUGGGCGGGGAGGACGACGAUGGGGAGGUGCACCGCUCCAAGAUCAGCCAGGUCUUGGGCAAUGAAAUCAAGUUUGCUGUCCGGGAGCCUCUGGGGCUGAGGGUCUGGCAGUUUGUUUCUGCUGUGCUCUUCUCCGGCAUUGCCAUCAUGGCCCUUGCCUUCCCUGACCAGCUCUAUGAUGCAGUCUUUGAUGGAGCCCAGGUGACAAGCAAGACCCCCAUCCGCCUGUAUGGUGGUGCCCUCCUCAGCAUCUCCCUGAUCAUGUGGAAUGCUCUCUACACUGCUGAGAAGGUCAUCAUUCGAUGGACCCUGCUCACGGAAGCCUGCUACUUCGGGGUGCAGUUCAUGGUGGUCACUGCCACACUAGCCGAGACGGGCCUCAUGUCCUUGGGGAUCCUGCUGCUCCUGGCCAGCCGCCUCCUUUUUGUUGCCAUCAGCGUUUACUACUAUUACCAAGUCGGCCGAAAACCCAAGAAAGUCUAGCAGCCCGCCCGGCCGGGGGCCACUCUGGGGCGGGGAGGCCCUGGGCCUCGGUUUCCCUUCGGUUCACGGAAGGCAGGAAGGACCCUGCCCUGCCCCGGGCAGGCAGGGGCGGCCACCUUCUUUCCUCCCGGGCACUGUCCGAAUGCUGUGAUCUUCUGGGCUUUCAGGUUUGGGGAAGGAUGGGGGCCUCUGCACCCCUAUUCUUCACCCUACAUAGUGACACCUCCUUUUCUUGGGCCUCUUGGCCUCUGGAUCCCCUGGACAGACGCUGACUGAAGAGCCUGCAUCAUGGGGUAUUGGGCUGGGGCGAGGCUCCUGCCCCUCCUGCUGGGAGGCCCUGCUUUCUUUUGAGAGAGGCUGUGGGCCGCCUUGUCCUCCCCCUUCACCCCCAGCCAAUCUAGUGCCCAAGCAGCUGAACUUGGCUUCUGUCUAUGCCUGGAAGAUCUGAGGAUUUGACCCUGUGCCCCUACUCCUUACUGUGGGCCCUCUCCACAUGUGGGGGCUCCCUCCACCCCCAAACACGCACACCUGCCCUCCCCACAGUCUAGCUGCAGCCAGCAGGUGGGGGUGGCUGUCUUUGAGCUGGCAUUUCCCUUCCAGCCUUCCUGUGGGGUGGGCCACAUGACGCCGUGCCCUGUCCUUGCCACCACGGGCUCUCCCAGGGCCUCGCCUGAGGCUGCUCUGCCUACACCCCAGCUCCUGGAGGCCCCUACGAGCUCCCUUCCCCCAACUGGCCUGGUUCCAGAGCCUGCCAGCGGCCUCGCACAGGCUGGCCCUGACAGAUGGACGCACAGAUAACCCCAGGUGGAGGCUACCUGUGAGUGAUGGGGUUGGGAGAUGAAGAAAGGCAGCGGCAUCUCCUCGUCCUUUGGCUUGUUCCCGGAUUCUGAUGUUCACCUGGCUUAGCUCCCUCACUCACCCUUCCCACCCCCGCCCAGGGUGCUGCCCUCUGGACCUCCAGCCUGGGCUGCCCCCGAGGCCUGGUGGGGCGGACCGAGUGCCCUUCAAAGUCAGCAAAGGAAAUAAAUAGAAAUAUUUUAGCAGGCUACUUCCUCUUACGCCCCUUUGCCCCCAGUUGCCCUGGAGAAGGCCGACAACUGGCUCCCUCAGAGCCUAAGCCCCCCGGCAGGCCCAUCAGCCUGCGUGUCCCCCAAUAGUUCCAACACACUUCUUCCGUCUAGGACACAAGUGUGCACCCCAGCAGCCCUAGCCCCAGUCUCGCUUCCUGCUUUGCAGUAGAGUGUGUUUAGGGGGCGGGAUGGUCCAUAGGUGCAGCCCAGCUCCGGGCACUACCAGAUGGGUCUGUAUCUGGGAAGCCUAUCUUGCCUACGCUGGGCCUCACACUACCCUCCCCUGUGCCCAGCUGUCCCUGUAGCCACUGCCUAGUGCCUGGAAGAGCAGUGGCACUACCGUUGAUAUACAGCUGAGAGAGGCCCAGGCUAUGCUGCUGGUGACCGUGGCUGACCCGAAGGGAGCCGAGACACUAAGGAAGGGCCUGCUCUGCCUUGGCACCCAUCUCUCGUCAUUGACGUUUGUGCCUGUCCCCAGGGAGAGCCCCAGCAGGCUGGGAGCCCACCACUGCCUUGGGAGGUGGUGUUGGUGACUGGUGGGCAGUGCCACCAGGCCAAGGCCACACCCUCCAUCUGACCCUCUCCUUUUAAGGCCUGGCUGAUCCUCCGAUGAGUGCUGGGUGGUUUGUCCUAAUAACCGCUAGGCAUGGCUGGUAGGUCCCUCCAAAGGCGGGGAAGCGGGGCCAGGCUCUGUGUUGGGCAUCCACCUCGGCUAAGCUGGCCAGGCUCCCUCCCGCUCAGCUCGGGGGUGGGUGGGGUGGGGGAAGCGCGGGCUCGUCCCACAGGGCAUAGUGAGUACCCACUGGGAUGGCGCCAUCCGGGCUCCGGCACAGAGCAGUGUCCGGGAAAUUCUGUGCUGCUUGGUUAAACACUGCUCUGAGGCUUGGAGGGAGGGGGUCUGGCAGACAGACAGGCAGACAGACAUACGGCCUGGGUGGGGGUGGGGUGGGGCUAGGUACAGGGAGACAAAGCAGAGUCCUGGUUGGGGAGGAGGCAGGGACGAAGUGGACAGGGCCAAAGGAACCCUCAGAUCUAGUGAAGAAGGCCUGGUAUGGGCCCAGCUCUUCUAAACGUUUGGGAAGACCCAGAACGCCUCUCCCCAGUUCCCCCAGAUCCCCUCUGCCACCAGAACCCAGUGCACCCUCUUGCCCUAGCCCACCCCCCACCCCCCAAUCAAGACCACCUUUCUUCACGGUCACUAUUUAUUCUUCGUUCCUUUUUCUUUUUUGUAAGAAACAGUCACAAAAACCAGUGCAAAACCA